AUGCCCGCCAGCGCAGAAAUCAACGCCAUUCCGAACGGUAACAUUACUUCGCCGCAGGGGUUUUCCGCCGGCGGCGUGUUCAUCGGCCUCAAAACGCGAGGCGAGGACAAGCUGGACCUUGCCAUGCUCGUAUCCGACACGCCAUGCUCCAUCGGCGGUGUCUUCACGACUUCGGCCAUACGGUCGGCGACGGUUGACCUGGACCGGGCACGGGUGGCACGGGGGCAGGCGCGCGCGCUGAUCGUGAACGCCGGUAUCGCCAAUACGUGCGUGGGGGCGCAGGGUUACAAGGACGCCGAGGAGAUGACGCGGUUGGCGGCGGACAAGUUGGGCUUGACCGCUGAGGACGUGCUGGUUUGCAGCACCGGCGUUAUCGGUGUUGAACUGCCCAUGUCACUGAUCCGCUCCGGGGUUGCCGAGAUUGCGCUGGAUGCCGACGGCGGGCCCGAGUUGGCGCGGGCGAUGAUGACCACGGACACCCACCCGAAGGAAGCCGCGGUGUCCUUCACGGCGUCCACGGGGCAGACGAUCACCAUCGGGGGCGUCGCCAAAGGCUCGGGCAUGAUCCACCCCAACAUGGCGACGAUGCUUUCAUUCGCGGCCACCGACGCCGCGGUCGACCCGGGGUUCCUGCAGACGACGGUCAAGGCCAUCGCCGACGAGACCUACAACAUGCUCACCGUGGACGGGGACAGCAGCACCAACGAUACCUUCUUGGCAUUCGCCAACGGUCAAGCGGGCAACCCCGUGAUAAACGACCGGUCGCCGGACGCCGCAGCAUUCACCAGCGCGCUGCACCAGGUGUGCGCCAACCUGACCCGGAUGCUCGCCCGUGACGGCGAGGGCGCGACACGUCUGCUUACCGUUCAGGUGGACGGAGCCAAGGAUGCGAUUGAUGCGCGCAAGGCGGCGCUGACCAUCGCCGGGAGCCCGCUGGUGAAGUCGGCGGUGUACGGUGCCGACCCCAACUGGGGCCGGCUGAUGAUGGCUCUGGGCCGCAGCGGGGCCGAGGCGAUGGAGGAAAAGGUCGACCUGUUUGUGAACGGGGUUUGCAUCAUGGAAGCAGGGACACCGAUACCGUUCCACCGGGAUGCCGUGGUGGCCCUGAUGUCCGGCGAGCAGGUGGACUUCCGACGCGUACACCACGUAGUCAGAAACCGCGCGAUUGGCCCGGCAGUGGCCGCGGUCCGUCCCGAUUCCAUUCGCCGACGCCGCAGGGUGAGGAACGCCGACGUGUCACAACAGUUCGCGGAGCCGCCCAUCGUGGUCAAGAUCGGCGGCAGCACCCUGGGCGGGAACGAUACGUCAUUGCAAGACCUGGUCGCGUUGCACGCCGCCGGAAAACCGGUGGUGAUCGUCCACGGGGGCGGGAACGUGAUCAGUGCGUGGAUGCAGCGGCAGAACCUGGCCCCGAACUUCGUGAACGGGUUGCGGGUUACUGAUGGGCCGUCGCUGGAAAUCGUGGUGGCGGUACUGGGCGGGCUGGUGAACAAGGAAUUGACCGCGCAGAUGCAGCAGUUGGGUGCGCCAACCAUCGGGAUCAGCGGCAUGGACGGGCACCUGCUGCAAGCCCAUGUUGCCAAUCCUGACCUGGGUUACGUGGGCGAGGUUACAGCGGUCGAGCCGGCACCGGUGCGAGCGAUAGUAUCGGCGGGGUUCAUCCCGAUGGUGUCGCCCAUCGCGGUGGAUGUUAGCCCGGACAGCGAGCACGCGGGCAAGCCGCUGAACGUGAAUGGCGACACGGCGGCGGGAGCGUUGGCGCAUGCGCUGCGGGCGGAACGGAUCAUUUUCCUGACCGACGUGGCCGGCGUGAUGGACAAUGGCGGUCGGGUGAUUCCACGCCUGGAUUCACGGGGAGCGGAGGCGCUGAGGGCAUCGGGAGUGGCACGAGGCGGGAUGCUGCCCAAGCUGGCGGCGUGCUUGGACGCCCUGGCUGAUGAGGCGGUUCCCAUCGCUCACAUCGUGGACGGGAGGGAGCCCGGAGCGGUGAUGAACUGCGUGAACGGAAGGCCGGUGGGGACCAGAAUCACGCCGUGA